UCUCUCUGGCCACAGUGCCACAACCAGGAAGUCAGAUUAUCUUCCAGAAAUCUGUGGUGGUUUUUCCUGUGCUGAAUAUUACCUCGUCAUGUGCUGCAGGUGAUUUCAGGUGAAGUCACCAUGGACAGUGUAGGACCCAUAAUUGAACGAGCUCGGGCAAUCAGUCAUGAGGAACUACAAGAGUUCUACCGUGGACUGCAAGAGGCGCUUAAGAGCCAGUCCAUAGCAGACGUUACCCCCAGUCUGAGACAGUUGUGGCUGAGCCUGGCCUGUACCAGGUACAGAGGAGAUGUCCCUCCUGACCUGCUCAUGCCGCUCUGGCAAGCUGUUAAAGAACCUCACCUAGGUCCUGUCAUGAUCCGUAUCCUGUGUGCUGCUAUACUACAGGAGUUAUCCCCGUGCCAGUCUGUCUGCAUGAGAGCAGGAGAGCUGUCAUCAGGACCACUGUCCUCCUCCAGCCUGGCUCUCACACUGCCUGUAGUAGCUGGGGUGGGGCACUAUCAUCCAGACCUGCAGGUGUUGAGAGAACAGCUGCUUACCUGGCUGACAGGUGCAGGGCAGGUGGAUACAGCUGCUAUCACACAUGUUCUUGGCUGUCUGUGGGGAAUGGACAACUCUGAAGUGAUCACCCUGACACAGGAACAGGUGGAUGGAGUAAGUAAACAGCUGUGUACCUGGCUGACAACGACCAGCACAACUCAGCCGCCCAACCCCUUCUCAAAAAACAUCUUCUCCUCACGGCAGCUGGUGGCUGUCACUGAAGUAGAUGAGACACCGUCCCAUGACAUGUUCACAGUCCUGAGUGUGGGACAGUACUACAGCCCGGACCAGUUCCUCAACAUGCAGGUCUUCUCCAUGAUGAGGGGAUGGCUUCACAAGCAUCAGUCCAAAAAUGGAGAGUCAGCAGCCAUGGGACUCCUGGUAGAUAAAAUGUGUGAGUACUGCUUGCGUAUGCUGGACCAGUGUGAGAGGAAGGCUGUAUUACAGCAGGAUGCUGAGCUACAACAGGCCUGUCUGACAGAGGUCAUCCUCCUGCUGGACACCAUGUGCCAACAGAACUCCAGUCUGAUACCCAGAGUCUUCCCCUCCAUCAAACGUGUGUACAACAGGAUACAGAACAACCCCACUUCCAGCAUCAACAUCAUCAACAUCCUACAGUUCCUCCUGCACCACAGCGAUGCAGUCAUGUACGACACCGGGCCAGCACUCCAGCACUUCUUCCUCAAGAUCUUAGACAAGCAGUGCAUAGAUCAGCCCCUGGCUUUUGAAGGAACACUCUUCUGCCUGGAAAACAUGGAAAACCUCUGUAACAAUACAGCAGUCCUCAGGAAGUUCUUCCCCUGUCUUCUGAAAGUGUUUGCGUGGCAGCCGAAGACUUUGUUAGCUGAGUUUGUGGACUUGCUCCCAACCAUGGUGAGUGAGGAGACGGCGAUUGAGGUGUUUCACUGUCUGCUGGACCUGCCAGUCAUAACUGCUGCCAUGGAAACGGUGAUGAGGGUGGAGCAACGUGCAUCCCUGACAGUGACAGAUUUGAGUCCUGAAGCAAUGACACAGACUACACCAGAGCUGGCGUACACAGACCCCCUCCAUCGUCCUCUCUUCAACUUCAUCCUUCGGGCAGAGGGUGGGCUGGGAGAUACCAUUGACAGGCUGAAAGUGCUGCAUGACAUCCUACAGGACUACUCCACCCUCCCUCGUGUUGUGAUAUGUUCCCAGGCUGCUCCAGUCUUACUCAGGGUGUACCUACAGACAGUGGAACAGGAGGCCAGUGUGGAUCUGCUGGCCAGGCUCUUCCCAGUCCUGUUAGAACGGUCUAGCCUGCUCUUCCCCAUCAAAACCUUCCAAACUGAAGUGAAGCGGGUGCUGAGUGAGGCUUUAGUGUGGGCUGUGCAGACAUCCCCAGGGCUGCUGAUAGACAACAGACAGGAGGUGCAGGAACUCAUGUCCAGCCCCAGGAACUUCACUGGGAGGGAAGACGUCUUCUUGCACCUGGCAUGGGCUAUAGGGGAGUACAUGUCAGUGACAUAUGACAGGAGAUGUACUCCAGAUAUCAUCUCACAGUAUUACGAGGUGGUGGAGUGUCUGCUGUAUGAGCUGUCCGUGUCCCAGCUGGGCAGGAUGGAGACACCGCUGCAGCAUCGGGCCAGGCUCACCGCUGUGCUCAUGACGGCCCUCGCUAAGCUAGCGACGCGUUGCCAGGACCUGAUGCCCCGUGUGCUGCUGUGCCUGACAAAGAUCACCCAGCAGCUGCCUGCCUCUGGGUCCCAGGAUCCCGGAGAUGCUGUGUUACUGGCACGGGCACCUGUUCUCAUCAACCUGUGCAGGAUGCCCAAUGUUGCACCCCUGCUGUCGUCCCUUCCAGCAAAGACUGAUGACAACAGUAAACUCCACCAGGACCAGAACAGCUCAUCCUGUCUCCUGCUGCAGCUGACUGAAGCUGUCAUGAACCAGAGUCAACAGUAGUAACAGCAACAUACACUUUCCACAUCAUGCAAAAGCAUCUGAAGACUGACUUGCACAUAAACACCUGUAAAACAACUUUAUUUUCUGUCUGUAAAACUUGAGGAGGCAAAUGAAAUAAAGAAUACGAAUAAG